AUGCCACAGCGCUGCUCCACACCCUCUGCACACUACACAGCUUCCUCCUCGGACAUUGGUCUCGGACUGGCCCGCCAUACCCGACUCGGUGUGUGUCUCGUCCCGAAGGAACUACACCUGCAGAAUCAAUCAGACGAAGAGCAUUGGGAUGAUGGCGACGACUCAGAGGAAGAAAUCAUACUGAAGAUCACGCGACUUCCGUACGGAGCACGGAAUAUGGGUUUGACAGACGAAGAGGACGAGGACGAGGAAUGGGAAUGGCAAUGCCAGGGCCCAUCCCUUGGUAAAUGCGAGAGGAUAUACCCAGGAGAGUAUUCGGAGGGAUAUCAAGAUGAAGAGGAUGGCUCAGAAGAAGACACUGAUUUCUGGAAUGCCGAACCCCCAUCGUUCAGAACGGAUAUUUUCGACAAUGUCAAGACCAACGUCAUCGAGAGCAAGUCCAAUACAAGCUUGAUAUCAAGCCCUAUCAGUCCCAAGACGAUACCAAAACACGCAUACCUCGACAGCGAGGAUUUAAUCUGUCUUAGUCCCGUGGAAGAAAAUGACAACAGUAUCGACAUGAACAUUAACACGAUGCCUGGACUCCAACGAAAACGAAAAUACGAACAUUUCUCAGCAGAGACAGCAACAGGGAAGGAAACACAGACACAGACACAGACACAGGAGAAUGCGGGUCAGCCGUGCUUCUAUCCUAAGUAUCCUCCGAAUCCUUAUUCCUGUUCUCGUAAUCACUAUUACUAUCCCUAUCCCUAUCGCGACAACGGUAUGAUUCAGGACGAAGAAGGCUACGAAGCCGAUAAUGAGGAUUCUUAUUUCGAUGACGAUUCUGACUCUGACCCUGAUUAUGACGAUUACGAUGACGAUGAUAACGACCCCAUACCGGAAGAAUAUCGGUACAUAUCAUACAUCAUGAAGAGAGAAUGUCAGAUAGAGAGAUAG